CAAACACUAAACCAAAAGUUGAAAUAUUUCAGGUAGAGAAUCGGUAAAUACCAGCGGCGAGAAGGCAUUAUUUUAAAAUUCAGGGCAUUUCGGUGUUUUCAACUGGCAUUUUGGCAAAUCAUGGGCAUUUCGAUUCCACUCCCUGCCUCUUCAAAGUGAAGGGUCUAGAGUCAGCAUUUUACAUCCAGUCUUCGUGAUUAAGCCAGGCGAUAAAUCCUUUUCUUAACAGAUAGCAUACGUGACUUAAAGUCAUAACAAAAGUAGAUCUUAAAUAUGGAGAUAAUGAGCAAAUCUACGAGGUUGAUGGUUGCUGCAAUCCAGUGUGGCUCAUCGUCUUUCUGUUAUGGCUUUUCUUUGAAAAAUGAAUGGGGACGACCUUACAUCACUAAUAAGGCUCCCACCUGUCUCCUCUUGAAGAAAGAUUUCACAGAAUCUUUAAUUGGAUGCGAGGCUGAGGACAAAUACUCAGGAUUAGAAGACGGUAACAAUGAUUACCAUUUCUUUAAACAUUUCACGAAGAUUCUCCGUCAAAGUGAUAUUAAACGACAUACGUUAUGCUGUGAUGUCACAGGAAGAUCUCUUAAAGCAAUAUUGGUCUUGGAACAUUUCAUCAGAUGUAUAAAGAAAAUCCUAUAUCAACACAUAGCGGCUUUCUUGGGAAUUAACGAGGAUGACAUUGACUAUGUCUUAACUGUUCCUACCACUGGGGGAGAACAUGCUAAACUGAUAAUGAGAGAAGCCGCAGUAAAUGCAGGAAUAAAAAGGGAAUAUUUGGCAAUAGUUCUGGAGCCAGAAGCAGCAUCUAUUUACUGCCAGUAUUUACAGUUUGCCAACGAAAACACAUCAUCUCGAGUGCUGGGUGUGGUAAAGCCCGGCACAAAAUACAUGCUGGUAUAUCUUGGAAGUGGCACAGCAGAUAUAACAGUGCAUCAGAAAUGUGAGGAUAACACUUUGGAGGAAGUUCUUCCAGCAAGUGGAGGGCCAUGGGGAGGAAAAGCUGUAGAUGACCAAUUUAUCAAGUUUUUAUCAGAAUUAGUGGAGGAGAAGGUAUGGGAGAACUUUAAAAGUGAAGACAUGGAAGAUUAUCUGGAAAUCACAAGGACAUUUGAAACAAAGAAACGAACAAUCGAACCAGACAAGAGUGGAAGCACUCGAAUGCCAAUACCUCAAGCACUUGUGAAAUUGUGCACCAAGUCUCACAGAGUCAAAACUUUCAAAGAAGUCAUUGAAAAAAACGAGGCACAUAAAAAUAAUGUGUCUUUUAUGUCUGGGAAACUUGUGUGGAACAAUGACUUCUUCAGGGGUUUCUUUAAAAAAACUAUCGAUGGAAUAGUAAAACAUAUGGAUGACAUUUUCCAGGAAUCUGAGGCAAGAGAUGUCAAAAUUAUUGUUAUGGUUGGCUCUUUUUCUGGAUGUCCACUGGUUGAAGAUGCAGUCAGGAAAAAUUUUUGUAACUAUUCUAUCAUUGUACCUGAAGAGGGCGAUUUGGCUGUUUUGAAAGGUGCUGUUUAUUUUGGCCAUAUCCCUGAUGCUGUCUCGCUUAGGUCAGCAAGAUAUACAUAUGGGUUUCAGACGUGGCCCGAAUUCAACGAAGAUAUUCAUCCAGAAGAGAAAAGGGUCCAAUGUGGAAAGUUAUCAAGAUGUCGAGAUGUCUUUUUAAAGAUCGUUACCAAGGGCGAUAAGAUCACAGCGGGGUUUACAAAGUCCCAAUUUUUUCGAGUUCCUUGUAACAGAGAUAAUGUUUUAGAGUGUGGGUUGUUUAUAUCAGAAAAAAAGAACCCUAAGUUUGUGGAUGACCCAGACUGCAAAUUACUUGGCACACUACAGUUCCCAUUUUCUCAAAGCAAUCAAAACAGUGACACAUUAGUCGAAGAGAAACUAGUUUUUGGAAAAACCGAAUUGAAAUUCACAGCAGAAGAUAUCUAUAAUUCUGGUUUGAAAUACGAGAUAAAUUUCGAUCUUGAAGAAAUUUAAAUAUACUAUUUAAGGUACAUACGUUUAUCAAUUAUUUAUGAUUUGAAUUUCAAAACUACUUAUAUUACAAUGAACUUUGGAUUGCAAUUUAUAGUUUUAAAUAGUGACAAGAUUAUAUAUUAAACCUUUUGAAGAAUUAAUGCAGAUUGAUUCCAAAUUUUAACAAAACUGAUCUGUUACAUUUUUAUAAAAAAAAAAAUUUAAAUAGGCAAGUACCAUUCACUAUUUGGUUGUUCAUCCAAAUAUUAAUAUAUGCACUUCCAUUUCAAUUAAGGUCAAGAUCUAGUAAAUGAAAGGUGCCUAUAGGUUUAUAAAAUUUAAGAUAUAAAUUCUUUCCAUGAUGCUUCAAUACAAUGGACUUGUUUGAUAGGGUAUAGCGGGGCUAAAACGUGUGGUUAACACAAUGAAAAAUCAUGUUUUAAACUCAUUUACAAUAAAAUAUGAAGGAAAUUAGGAAAAAAAAUUCGGAAUUUUGUCCAUUUUUGACUCAUAAAAUAUAUCUAGAAUGCCCAGUCUCUCCAAAAACAGAAUAAAACAAGCUCUUGACUUUCUCUUAAAAAUGAUGUCCAAUUGAAUAUAGGUAUCGGGAUUACUUUUCCCAUGAUUAACAUAUAAUGUCAAGAAAAUGUUAAAUUUUCUACAUAACUCCUUCAGAGCCGUAAAGUACGGGAAAACGAUUCUUCAAAUCAAUUAUGACGUCAUAAUUAUUCUAUCACCAAACAGACACUCUGGAAUCAUUUACUAGAUCUUUACCUUAUAAUACUAUUUUGACUGUCUGUCUUUAUUUAAAUUUUAACCAACAUACAAUAAUUCUUGUUUCUACAUACCUCAAAUAUUUUUCUUUCAAUUUGCAUUGAUAUGUAAUUUUAUAAUUAUCCAAAACAAAUGAUUUUAUUAUUAUUUAUGAAAAAAAUAUAACUGUCGAGUUACUUAAAAUACUACAGUAAAUAUACAUGUAUGUAAUAAUCUUUAUAAAAUGAUACCAGCUAACCUCAUUUAAUUUGCAAAUAUGAUUUUAUUAAUGAUUUAAUUUAUGUGCAGUAUGGAAAUAUUACGCAGUAAUAAAAACACUUAGUAAUAAUAAAAUUGACAGUGAUAUGUAAGAUUCAACAUUGCUAUGAAUUAAAUACAAGUUUUAGAUAUUUAAAUGAAUUCGCGUAGUAUGUGAUAACUGUACCCAUUUUAUUGGUAUAUAUGAAAUAAAACUUCUUGCCAAUUUAAUACUGCUUGAUAACGUCGAAAAUAUACUAAAAGUUUUCUAUCCGAGUUCAAUUUUUCUAAAAGAAUCCGUACCCUAUUACAUGGCUACGGGUUUUCUUUAAUAUGACCUCUGUUACGCUGGUGAAAAGGAGUUCUUCCAUCCAACGGCAACUUCUCGGGCCUUUCCGGCAGACCUUAUAUGUAUUGCAGGUGUCACUACAGUAUUAAAGUUUACUAUAUAUCCCUACAAUAAAUGCACAUCUUUAGAUACAAGUUAUAACUUCAAAACAAACUUCUUCUGCGAAAAUCCUUUUGAUAUUUUUUAAACAACACUUCUUCUCCAAUUUAGUAUCAAAAACACCAGCAAGGCACGAGAGUUUUUUACGUCGAAGUUACACGUGUGCUUGAAAAGCACAAGACCACAUGCCAAGAACUUAUCACCCCUCUUCCCAUAAAAAAACAACACACAUCACAUAAAAUAACCUAGCUCGCAUUAUUACAAAACGUGAAUAGUCAGACAUCUUACACAUUUUUUUCACCCAUAAAAAGGUAGCCCCUGUCGCAGGCGGAAACGGCCCAAAUUCGAAGGAGAAUUCGGGAAUGGUUUUGCCUCAGCUAGGUUUUGACGUGAACCUAGUACGGUGAAAUACUGUAGUGACAUUUGCAUAGGUGUCCAUGACAACAUUCUUUUAAUAAAACUUGUUAAAUACACGAUAUUUUUUUUACGUAUGAUGAGAUGUGAGCUAGACUUCAUCAAAUUCAAUGAUAUACCCUAAAAUAUACCUCAGAAGAGACCGUCUAGAUGAUGUUUAAAUGAAAAGAAGCGACUCAAUUUUGAUAUUUUAACAUCAGGUAAUGUUAAUACAUUAGGGGUCUUUGCAUCGGGUGUAUUGUAAAAAAAGGCUGAAAAUAUUUUUUAAAUACCAAAGUUUAUAUUUUGAAGAAUAAGUAGCAUUCUCCGCAAGUCAGAUCUGUAAUGUGGUUAGUAUUAUAUUACUUUUGUCAUAACUUUUUGGCUUUUUAUUUUGCAAUAAUAUUGGUAUUGUAAUUUGCCACUUUUUUUAGUGUUCAUUAUUUUUUUCUUCAUUUUUUGGUUUGGAAGUUGUCAAAUGUAAAAACAAAGAAAUGAUGAAAAUUAGCAAGUAAUUUAAACAUAAAUAUAUAUUAAUCAUCAUUUGAUCGUUGUUAUUGGCGACAAUCUUAUUUUACUUAAUUUUCUUCACGAGAAGCAUGCACUCUGCAGCUCUGCUAAACAGUUGCGAAAUCUGUUUAAAACUAACAGGCAAUAUCAUUACAAAAUUACUACAAAUGAUCUCGAUUUCCAGAAAUUGCUACAAAUUUUAAAAAAUCAAGCAUUUUUUCAACAUGCUUUAAGGCAGAUUGUUAUACUGUAAAUUGUAA